AUGCCUACGAUUCCUCAGGCUUCCACCCAGCUCCAGUUUACCGCCCAUGAGGGUUCCCCUAUGAUUGACACCGUCUGGCGCCCCAAGCGCUCAUACGACGAUGCAGACAAUGGCUCUGUUUCGAAGAAAAUACGGCCACUAUCGUCCACUUCCCCUAGCUCAGAAUUUGUCAAGAGCUGCCGCCGAGGAGUGCCCGAGGUGGUGAUCAAACAAGCGCAUUUGCCAAAGUCGAACGUUUUCGAUCUGCUCGACGUGGCCACUGAUAACGACGACAUGCAUUUUCUGGGACCAGAAUCAGACACUAAAAUCGUGUUCGAUCAGCAUAGGGCCAACUUCUCGCUUCCGAUGGUGCUUUUCUUCUUUGGCGCUGCAGAUUGCGAUUCCCAGCUGCUCCAGUUGAUGGACUCUGCGCGUUUCCACGGAUAUGUUCUUGGGGUAACCAGCAGCUACGACGGGUCCAAUAGCUAUAAUUUCCCAAUACUAGUUGAUUCGCGUGGAGAGUUGGCAAAACACCUUGGGGUGACCGAUCCGUUGGGCGGCGGAACGUAUCCGCUAGCAUCAGUGAUGGUUUUCAACCGAGACGGACUGGAGCUGGUGAAGAUCCUUGUGAAUUACGACCACAACAAAUAUUUCGGCUCGGGCCAGAGCCUACAACAGGUGAUUGAGGAGACUCUGGAGUAUAUUAAUGUACACUAG